GAGAAGACCCGGAGAAGUGGUAUCCGCCUCAGGAAUGGCUCCGCGCCUCUGUCGCGCAUGCUCACUAGUAGUGUCAAGGCUUUCCAAGCCGGUGUCUCACGGGGGCGCGCGCGCGGGCACGGGCUCGCUCCCCAGGGGGUAGUUGGCGGCGGGAGCGGGCGGCGGGGUCGUGGUUCCUAGAGCAGCCCGGGCUGCUAGGCCGGCGCCUCCGUUGGCGGACACUUACACGAAGGACCGGGCGGCUCAGCCGCCGGAGAGGCAGGGCCCGCUGCGGUCGGACGGAGGCUCUGAGCGCCCACAUUCUGUCCUAGGAGGAGGAAGAGGAAAAGAGACCCAUCUGCCAGUGGGCUGAAGGUGGCCUUGAGGGCCAUGCUCUCGGUCUCAGGAUGCCCCUGCCCGAGCCCAGUGAACAGGAAUGUGAGAGCGUGCAAGCUGGCCAGGAGCCUCAAGAGUCCUCCAAUCUGGUCCCAGCCAGGGAUAAAGAAAAACCCAAAGCGACAGAUGUCUUGUCCCAGGAGACGUCUGGCACUGCCACCCUACCUAACAAUACCCUCCAGGUCGCACCGGCCAAGAAGCAGGGACGGAUAAUUCACCGGAAACGUAGCAGGGUAGAUGCAGUUCCCCCCCAGCCCCUGGAGUUCCGGAAGACCCCAUUUGGGAGCCGCCUUCUAGUGCACAAGUCAUUCCUGUACAAGCAAGAGAAGGCUGUAGGGGACAAGGUGUACUGGAAAUGCCGCCAGCACUCAGAGCUAGGCUGCCGGGGACGGGCCAUCACCCGUGGCUUUCGAGUCACAGAGAUGCGGGACCACUGUCACCCACCUGAGAAGGAGGGCCUGGAAAGGAAAAGACGCAAGAAGAAAAAGCUGCCCAGCUCAGAACUGCCUGAAGGCGCCGAAGGACAGGAAGAUGGGGUGAGCCUAUGGCUGUACCCUGUGGAGCCGGAGCCCGCCCCUCAGCCCAGCUCUGAAACCCCAGAGGAGGAACAGGGGUACCGAUCCCUGGCACUGCAGAGCCUACCUCCCAAGAAGCGCCCCACACCAGGAGUGGUACGGUAUCGGCCUCUUGAGUUCCUGAAGACAUGCUAUGGGGGUACCUUCCUGGUGCACCAGUCCUUCCUCUACAAGCGGGAGAAAACUGUAGGAAGCAAGGUGUACUGGACCUGCCGGGAACAUGCAGUCCAUGGCUGCCGUAGCCGAGCCAUCACGCAGGGCCAGCGCGUGACCGUGAUGCGCAGCCAUUGCCACUCACCUGACAUGGAAGGCUUGCAGGCCCGGCGGCAGCAGGAGAAGACCAUAAAGAAGAUACAGGCAAGGCGAAUUGGGGCUGGGGACUUGGAGGAUUGCGAUGACAUCGAGGACUCACUGCUGCAAGGGGUGGACAGCCUGUUCUACCGCAGAGGGCAGGGCACACUGACUCUCAGCAGGUCCAAGUCCAAGUCCAAGUCCAGGUCCAAGUCCAAGUCCAAGUCCAGGUCCAGGUCCAGAAAGCGAGCAAAGAAGCAGCAGGAACCCUUGCAGGAAUCCCCCGAGGAGGACCAGGAUGUGGAGCCUGGAGGCCCAGAGUUCAUAAAGACCCCUCUGGGGGGCAACUUCCUGGUGUAUGAGUCCUUCCUCUACAGACGGGAGAAAGUAGCUGGUGAGAAGGUGUACUGGACUUGCCGGGACCAGGCACGCAUGAGCUGCCGCAGCCGUGCCAUUACCCAGGGCAGGCAGGUGACUGUGAUGCGGGGCCACUGUCAUCCACCUGACCUGUUAGGAUUGGAGACUCUGAGGCAGCGGGAGAAACGCCCAGGCCCCGCUCAGUGGGAUGGCCCAGAAGGGCCUGAGUUCCUAAAGACCCCUCUGGGGGGCAGCUUCCUGGUAUAUGAGUCCUUCCUCUACAGGCGGGAGAAAGCUACCGGAGAUAAGGUGUACUGGACUUGCCGGGACCAGACACGCAUGGGCUGCCGCAGCCGCGCUAUCACACAGGGCCAGCGGGUGAUGGUCAUGCGCAGACACUGCCACCCACCAGACAUGGGUGGCCUGGAAGCUCUUCGGCAGAGGGAGAACUUCCCUAACCUGACCCACUGGGAGGGCCCAGAGCCCCAGCAGCCACUGGAGUUCCUGCGGACAUCCCUUGGAGGCCGCUUCUUGGUGUAUGAGUCCUUCUUGUACAGGAAGGAGAAGGCCGCUGGUGAGAAGGUGUACUGGAUGUGUCGAGAUCAGGCUCGGCUGGGCUGCCGCAGCCGCGCCAUCACUCAGGGCCGACGGGUCAUGGUGAUGCGGAGCCACUGCCACCCACCUGACCUGGCUGGCCUAGAGGCCCUGCGGCAACGGGAGAAGGCCCCGAGGCAGCGGGAGAAGGCCCCAAGGCAGCGGGAGAAGGCCCCCAGUGCAGCUAAGAAGAAAAAGAAGAAGAAGAAGAAGAAAGGAAAAGCAAAGAGCUAAAGCUGAGCAGCCAGUCUUGCUGAAGUGAGUCUUCUCUGGAGCAACAGAGGAGCGGCUGGCACCCCAGAUGCUUUCCGUCCACGCAGACAUUUCCCAUCAUUCAGAUGCGCUUGAUGACAACUCUUUUCACUCUUCCAAAGCACCUAGGACCGGCACAUUUCCUCAGAGGUCUCCCAAGAGGAGCGCUUGGACUUUGGGUGGUAUCCAAGCCAGAUGGGUGGCCUGUCCCAUGCUGCUCUCACCGUUAUGACCUUAGACGGCUGUGGAGAAGUGUCUGGACUGAUAUACCUCUGCCCCGCUCUGCUGUCCAGGCCUCAGCACCAUCUGCUUUCGGAGCAUGCUGCCUUGCAGGGAGCUUUCCAGUGGGGUGUGACCCUGUGUGAGCCCCAUGAAGUUCAGCCAAAUGAAGUCAUUCUAAGCCAGGAUGUGUAUGGGAACUUCCUGCCACCCUCUGAAGACAGUGCAAGUCACAGCAGGGUUUUGUUUGUUGCAUCUUUUAGGGACAGGGGUGAGGUCUUUAGUCACUUGCUGCUUGCUAAGGCACAUCCAGCCCUGACCAUGGCAGACAGGCCGGGCUAAAGGCUUCGCUGUACCUUCCUGGCAGACUUUGCACCCUGCAUUUUUUCCCAACUUAAACCUAUGUCCACAGUUCUUGGGAGCCAGCCCAGAGGUCAGGAGGAGGUGACACCAGGUGGACAUGCUCUAGUGGCAGUGGCACCACCGAGAAUUGCCCACCUGGUGUCACAUGAUCCACAAGGUCAGUUAGAUGGCAUCAGGGCCGCCUCCUGUAGAAGAGUUUAGCAGAACUAAGGAGCCACGCCAGCUGUGACACUCUAAUGUCCCCGGGAACUGCAGAAUUACCUGCGUGCUGCACCCAGGCCAGAGCUUUCCUCACCCUGUCACAGAGCUGCAUGCUCUUCUCCCUUAGCAAGCAAGCCAUGGAGAAGCCACCCCUGUGGGAUGGUAAUGGCCUGGUGCCUACCACUGGCUUCCGCUCAUCUGCUUCCCUCAAUAAACCCUGUGUAGCCUCAUGGUA